GUUCAUCUCAGGCUGUCCAAAUGCCGGCUCGGAGAGGCGUUUGCGGUGGCCGCCGCAGCCAAUCUGCUAUUUGAUUGGCGGCUCCGGGAUCUCAACGUAGCGGAUAACGAUUUCUCCAUCGGUGCAGUGUACAACAUGAUGCAGGCACUGGAGGUGAACAAGACGCUGGAGGCACUAGUCGUCAAUGUGACGGGCACGCAGCCCCAGUUCGAGGUCUCCUGCCUCUUCAACUUGAUCCGGAAAAUCGACGUGUUCUCCCGCUUGAAAUUAAACUGGGUCCACCCUCGUGGAUCAGACUUCGCGAAAGGCGUCCGUGCUUCCCAAGUGCCCACAAUUUGGCGAAGCCUGGAUGAGAGUGGAGUGGAGGACGCGGAGAAGUUCCUGGAGGCUCUCGUCUCCAUUCGAAACGUUGGUCUGGCCUUGCUCGAAUGCACAACUCUAGCAAAGCAACGCGUAGUUCAAAAGCUGACCGACACUCUUACGAGGAUCAAGUGCCUGAGGAAAGUACCGCUUCUUUAUCACAUACGGAAGAGCCCUCGGAACACUCCUGUUUCACCACUGAAAUCUGAGACGCAGAUUCGGCAACCACCUAACUUGAUUCAGGGGCGUUGA